CUCCAAUCUCCGAGACCAGUCAUUUUUGCUCCUUCACCGAUCUUCUUCCCACACUCCUUUGGCCGCCCGCCCGUCCUUGAAUCCCUCUCACCCACCCACCCCCCGAUUCUUUUUUUCCCUCGAAUUUCCCUCGAUCGUGUGCGCGCGCGGUGGGCCUCUGAGACACAACUCACAUUCUCACUGAUGGGGCCAUCCUCGUUGUAGCGAACGCCUCUGAGUCCGCGAUUCACCCAUAUAUCACUUCGCCUCCCUCCCUCCUACCUACCUCCCCGACGAUCAGCACCGUCCCAGUAUGGGUGUUUCCCCGGCCGGCAAUCAUCAUCGACGGCGGAGCUCAGUGUUGGCUGCAGGUUCCCAUUCGGCGGCUUUUGAUCCAAGGGACGACAUUGCAAGGGUGACCGGGGACGGAGUCGCUUCGAAAAGAGAGGAGAAGAAGUCCUCACCGGCUGAGGACGCAGACGAGUCGGACCUGUCCUCCAUUGCGGAAAGCAGCGAAAUGGAUUACACGAGCUCGGAUGAAGACAUCCACGAUGAUGAGGAGACCGGCCUGACUGCGAGGCAGAGACGUCAGCGACGGCGUAGAAGACAGCAGCGCAGGCAGUUGGAUGCCCGCAUAGCCGAUGUCAAGGCCUCGAAACAGGACUGGCUGCCACUGGGAAUGGGCGAUCGGGACAUCCUCCAAAAGCUUCUAGUCAACGGUGGCUUAAUCCUCAUGUGGUACUUUUUCUCGCUGUCGAUUUCAAUUUACAACAAGUGGAUGUUUUCAGACAAUAACGUCGUGUUUCCGUUCCCUCUCUUCACCACCAGCCUGCAUAUGGCUGUUCAGUUCACACUCUCUUCCCUUCUGCUCUACUUGAUACCAUCGUUGCGCCCGCAGCACCCUCACACCUCCACGCCAUCCGGUUCGCCCGUCCGAGGUCAUGAUAACUCGGAGAAAGGGCCGAUCCUCACCAAAUUCUUCUACUUUACUCGUCUGGUUCCCUGCGGUGCAGCAACCUCCCUCGACAUUGGUCUUGGAAAUAUGUCCUUGAAGUUCAUCUCCCUCACUUUUCUUACCAUGUGCAAAUCGUCCGCCCUCGCCUUUGUUCUUCUGUUUGCCUUCCUCUUCCGCCUCGAGACUCCCUCAGUUAGAUUGAUAAUCAUUAUCGCCACAAUGACUGUAGGUGUUGUCAUGAUGGUCGCUGGCGAGACCGCUUUCAAUGUAGUCGGGUUCGUCCUGGUCAUUGCAUCCGCGUUCUUCUCGGGUUUCCGAUGGGGUCUGACCCAGAUCCUCCUCCUCCGCCACCCAGCGACGGCCAAUCCCUUCUCUACUCUAUUUUUCCUUACCCCCGUCAUGUUUGUGUCUCUUAUUAUCAUUGCGCUGGCCGUGGAGGGACCCUCCGAGAUCGCUGCGGGAUUCCAUGCGUUGGCCGAGGCUCGCGGUAGCCUGUUCGGGAUGGGCCUGUUGAUCUUCCCCGGCCUUCUCGCUUUCUGUAUGAUUUCGUCCGAAUUCGCGCUCCUCAAGCGCUCCUCGGUGGUAACCUUGAGCAUCUGCGGUAUCUUCAAGGAAGUGGUCACCAUCAGUGCAGCGGGGGUGAUUUUCCACGACCAGCUCACCUUCAUCAACAUCACUGGCUUGUUUGUGACCAUCGCCAGCAUUGGUACAUAUAACUACAUGAAGAUUGCGAAGAUGCGUGCGGAAGCUCGGAAGGGAUCUUGGACGCGCAGUCCGAACCUUGACUCCGAGGCCGACGACUCGGAUCCCACGGGCGAGCGCGGCGAAUAUCAGCGGAUCCGCCACCCUGAGGCAGGCAUGCGAUACUCGCCGGACGACCUGGACGACGAUGAGAAUGUCAACAUCACGCCCGCCGACAACCUGAACCCCGGCCGCCGCUCCUUCCGCGUCCGUGCCAGCGGCGCCAGCAGCAAUGUGCAUGGGCUGAGCAUCAACACCUCGAACCUCAGCGACCACGAUCGGUCGCUUUCCCCGCGGGUCGCCGGUCCCUCCCCGUUGAAAUCUGCACCGCCGGUCAUCACUUCGCUUGAGGCGGAGCUUCACAAGUCGGAUCGGCGGCAAAGCUUCGGGGGCGCUGUGCAACCAUCCCCGGAUAGGCUCUCCCAUGGGGAGGGGCGAUCCGCCCACUGAAGACCAACCCUGGCGGCUGAGUUCUUCUC